UUCCCGCAGAUAGACGCCUCCCACCGCCGCUCUGAGCUUCAGUCCAUCUCGCCUCUGCCCUGUUCCUGCAGGUGGACGCCCCCCUCGGCUGCUAGUUUCAGUCCUGUACCCGCGGAGCAGAGAAGACAAGCGGGCUGUUCCUGUAGACAGACGUCCCCCUCGACUGCUUGGUUUAGUGCUGUGAUCACGGAGAAGACGACCAGCGGCAGCAAACAGGUUGUUUCCCUCUUUGCAGCCGUGCCGCCGACCACGGGCAUGAUGGGAGUCCCGGUGCUGUGUGUGGCGGUUCUCUGCCUCAUGUGUCACAGCAGCCACGGUCUGGACCUCAAGCCGCUCCUGUACGCCUCCCAGAGGUUUCAGGACCACGGCUUGAAUCCCGGCGAGCUGGCGUCUCGAAGCAGGAAGGUCCUCACGAACCCCCACAACUUCUCGGUGGACAUCCACAUGCCCGGGGUCACUCCCACCUCGUCGGACACCUACCUGUGCAUGUCGUAUCCCGUCCCCACCAGCCAUGACGCGUACAUCGUGGACUUCAUCCCUCAUGCCAGUAUGUCCACCGUCCACCACAUGCUGCUGUUCGGCUGCCAGACGCCCGCCUCCACCAGGAGCUACUGGGACUGCGGCGGCGCAUGGGGCACCUGCAAGGGCGCGUCGUCCAUCAUGUACGCCUGGGCCCGCGACGCCCCGCCCACCAAGCUACCCAAAGAUGUUGGUUUUAAAGUGGGAAAGAAGUCAAAAAUAUACCACUUUGUGCUUCAGAUCCAUUACGGAGACAUCAGUGCGUUCAAAGAUCAUCACAGAGAUACUUCUGGAAUGAGUUUGAGAAUGACGACCAAGCCUCAGCCCUUCACCGCUGGGAUCUACCUGCUCAUGUCAGUGGACACGGUGAUCCCUCCAGGAAAGACAGUCACGAACGCCGACAUCGCCUGCGACUACGCCUCGUCCCCCAUGUACCCCUUCGCCUUCAGGACGCACACACACCGCCUGGGUAAAGUGGUGAGCGGGUACCGGGUUCGGGACGGAAAGUGGAGCCUGAUUGGACGACAGUCGCCGCAGCUGCCUCAGGCGUUCUAUCCCGCCACCAAGGACGUCGUUGUGGAGAGCGGAGACACCCUGGCUGCCAGAUGUGUUUUCACCGGCGAGGGCAGAACCUCCGAAACCCGCAUCGGCGGCACGUCCGACGACGAGAUGUGUAACUUCUACAUCAUGUACUACAUGGACAGCAAGCACGCCGCGUCCUUCAUGACCUGCAUGGACGACGGCUCCCCCGAGCUGUUCCAGCACAUCCCAGCGGAGGCCAACGUCCCCAUCGCCAUCAGCCCCGGCCAGAUGAGCUCCAUGAUGCACAUGGGACACGCACACACAGAUCCCCAGAAAGAAGAGGUGGUGGACACGAGCAAAGCGGAGCAGGUGUUGGACCAGGGUGACCUCUUGUCUCUUGUGACUAAGCUGCUAGGCCACAGUCAGGAUGUAGCGCCCGGUCAUAGGUACGACCCCGGCGAGCUGCGGCGGUCCCAGGCCGCCCUGCUGGCUCAGAUCGAUAGCUUAAUGCAAAAGAAGGACCUGGACUUUCCCGGUGCCUCGCUAGCGCUCCUCGCCCGGGGCGACCCGGUCCCGGUCCCGGUCCCGGUCUUGGUGAGGGACAGAGUUCACAGGUUCCACCAGCUGGAGGCCACGGCUGAAGCUCCAGCCGCGGGACAAGACUUCCACUUCGAGCAGGUGGCGGGCUGGCCUCAGAGCCGCCUGGAUCUGGGUCAGGUGUCUGGACUGGCCCUGGACUCGGAUUCCAACCUGGUGAUUUUCCACCGAGGAGACCACCGCUGGGAGAUGACCUCUUUCAACAUGGAAGCUCAGUACCUGCAGCGGGCGCUGGGACCCAUCCAGCAGUCCGCCAUCUUGGUGGUUGAUCCGGCGACGGGAAGAAUCCUGAAGGCCUCGGGGAGAGACAUGUUUUAUCUGCCUCAUGGGAUAACCACAGACCAGGACAACAACUACUGGGUGACUGACGUGGCUCUUCAUCAGGUGUUGAAGGUGAGCAGCGACGGCGGAGACGCCGCCCUGCUGACCCUGGGAGAAGCCUUCGUGCCGGGGAGCGACUCGGCGCACUUCUGCCAGCCCACCGACGUGGCCGUGGACCCCGCCAGCGGCAACGUGUUCGUGUCCGACGGCUACUGCAACUCCAGGAUCCUCAAGUUCACCUCCGACGGCCGAUACCUGACGCAGUGGGGGGCAGGCUCUUCGGACCGGCGGCGGCGCCUCCCCUUCCAGAUCCCCCACAGCCUGGCCUUCCUCCCGGACAAAGAGGAAGUGUGUGUGGCCGACCGGGAGAACGGCCGCAUCCAGUGUUUCCUCGCCGGCAACGGCGAGUUCGUCAAGGAGAUCAAGAGGGAGGAGUUCGGAGGGCAGGUGUUCGCCAUCACGUACAGCCCCGCCGGAGGCGGGCUGAUCUUCGCCGUGAACGGAGGCUCCCUGUUCCCGUCGGGUCCCGUCAAAGGGUUCGUCAUCGACUACUCCACCAAGGAGAUUUUGGACACCUUCAGCCCGGAUGAGGAGCAGAAUUUCCAGAUGCCUCACGACAUUGUCGAGGCGAAGGACGGCAGCGUUUUCGUGGGAGACGCAGACAGCCAGACCGUCUUCAAGUUCACUCCUGAGAAGUUGCAUCGCUCUGUCAAGAAAGCUGGGAUUGAGGUUCAAGAGCUCGAAGAGGUGGAGACUUUCGUCCAGACGCGAGUGAAGCCGGAUCACAACAAGUCGGCGACGGUGCAGCAGAAGCAGACGGACGCUCAUCCUCCCCGCGCUCAGCUGCAGACGCAGAGCCGCCCAGCGGCGGCGGCGGCGGCGGAGCAGCAGCAGCUGAAGCAGAAGAGCCCCUCUUCCUCCUCCUCCUCCUCCUCCUCGCCCAGCAGGGGGCAGGGCCUGCUCCCCGCCGUCAUCACCACGCUGCUGCUGGUGCCGCUGCUGCUCGUCGUCUCCAUCGGCCUCUUCAUCUGCUGGAGGAGAAACAGUCGCUGCGAGGUCAAGUCUGAACCCAGCUCGGUGGAGGGCAUUCUGGGAAAAAUCAGAGGCAAAGCGGUGGGCAGCCUCAAUCUGGGGAACUUCUUCGCCUCCCAUAAAGGCUACAGCCGCCAGGGCUUCGACCAGCUGAGCACGGAGGGCAGCGACCAGGAGCGCAACGAGGACAGCAGCGACUCGGAGAACGAGGAGUACUCGGCCCCGCCCCCUCAGCGGUCCUCGUAGACCCCGCCUCCUCCUCCUCCUCCGCCGCCGCCACCCGCUGCUUCCUCCGCUGAGAUGUGGUUAUUUAUCAAACGUGUAGCUGUUGUGUCAUCCGCCGCCCGUACUGUUUAUAUAUUUAAAUCCUGUAAAUACAAACUGAUCUGGCAUCACUCCAUCGCCGCCGUCCGAUCAGCCUUAAGACGCCGCAGCAAACAAUCCUCCCCCUGAUUUGCACAUUUCUCUUGUUUUGAGGAUUGCUUUGAAACGAGCUGCGUUUUGUCUUUUCAUUCCUUCUGAAACCCGGAAGAAUCAAAUCUUAUUAUUUGUAUUUAAGCUUCGGAAAACCGCCGGGGCUCGGUUCCCCGCUCGCCGGCUCGCUGCUGCCGUUUUUAUUUCUGUUCAACUUCAACAAAUGAAAGUCUUUUUGAUAGAAGGGGGGAGUGUCCAACCCGCUGCUCACCGUUUGCUCCAUCCCUGAAUCACAGGUCGGAGGUCAGAGCUUGUUUGGUGCUCAACACGUGGGGCGGGUCUCCUCUGGAGGUCGCUAGGCUUCCGUUUCCUUUCAGGAUUUUUUUUCUUUUCUUUUUUUUUUUUAUGUUGAAAACUCAUUUCAUCCACGUGUCUCUUCUGCACACGUCAUUUCUAAAUUUAAGUGUAACGGAGAAACAGUGUCGAGGUGAAAAUAAGCUUUAACCCAUAAAAAAAAAAAAAAAAAAAAAAACCCACAGUACCUGGAGCAGCAGCGGGUCAGACCUCCCGGCCUCCGACGGGAGAACCUCAGACGUGUUUUAUAAUGUGAAAAGAGAAACCCAGCAUUGGAAGAUGAACGACUACCUGCUCUUUGCGCCGCCCUCUGAAUGUACGAUCAUUAAAUGUAAUCCUGGCUUCACUGACUACUGAUUCCUCGCUCGGAGGCAGAAGCUUCUCGUGCUUGACGCCUCGGACGACCUGUAGCUGCCAGCAGGGUCAUGAAGAACCUGCCAGUCCGUCGACUUCUCCUCCAUCUUCCACUCAUUUAGUUCUGUUUGUGUUCAGUGAUUCUGUGCCUUUUUGCAUCUUAUUUGCCUUUUAUUUUUAUUAUUAUUAUUAUUAUUAUUAUUAUUAUUGUUGUCGUCGUUUUGUUUCCAUCACCUGCCAUUACAGACAUGCACCAUGGGAGAAAACAGCUGCUGCUUGUACUUUAUUGAUCUCUACUCCUUCCAAGUGACCACAUCAUUGAUAUUAUAUAUAAUAUAUGAGUGAGUGAGUGUGUGAAUGUGUGUGUGUGUGAUUCCAAUCAGCCAUUCGGGGUGUCAAACAUACGGCCGAUCUCUCAAAGUGAACACUUUCAUGUUUAUGUAAAAUCUACCGAACAGGAGCAGGAACACUCCUUUAAACUCCAAGACUCCUGAAGAUCCUGUUAUUCAAGUCAGUUCUUUUAGUGACGAACUUUCUCCCAUUUGAACAGAAUGUUAGAAAUCGGCUUGUUGGGUUUAUUUUUCUCAGUUUAGUCAAAUAGUGAACUGUGGUGCAUCACAGUCAGUCAGCAGCAUGUACAGUUUGUAGCCAACAUGUUCAUCUCUUUUCUUCUGAUCCUCAUCCUCAAACCUCCCACCACCAUUAAAAAAAAAACAAAAAAAACCUCCGAUUAGCUGCACAGGAACAAAGAAGUGGUGUGUGGAGCAGGAAGACGUCGGACAGAGAAAUCCUCCUGAGCACGACCGAGUGGAGGAGGACGAAAACUUUCUGUAUUCUCAGGUUUCAUUUCACUUCCUGUUUCUGCAUUCCCUCCUCCAUCCGUCCCUCCGUCCACCCCUCCAUCCAGCAGGAUCGGCCGUAACGUGUGAAUGGAUGUUUAUUAUCGGCAUGCUCUAGAUUUCUCAUGUUAGAGUCACUCUCUGAUAUUUGUUGUGACACUGGUUUUGCUGCAAGAGUAACUAUUUUCAGUAACUAUGUUAUUUGUGUAAUAAAGUGUCUGCAAAGCA